AUGAAGAACGCUCUUCCAUCGCCCACUAGAAUCAGCUUGCGCGGCCUCUACUUUUCUUCGAUCGCUAUUGAUUGGACCAAUGCAACCCACAUCGAGAUGGUCGGGUUCCGCUUCGACGAAUGCGUGCACCUUCUUCGCGUGGCUCCUCGUUUCGUCCAAUGCGAUUUCCAGAUUGUCCAGCCGCCAAUUCAAAUGCACGAGCUGCCGCACGAUGUCAUUAUGUGCCGCUCUCUCCAAUGGUUGGAUUACAGGGACAGGCACAACGCGGCAGGGUUCUUCAAUCUCAUUUCCCUGCCAUCAUUGCGCUGUCUCUCCAUCACUCCCGAACAACAAACGUUGGAGGUUUUUGAGAGUGUGACCGCUUGUCUCAAACGCUCUUCCUGCCCUCUAACGUUUCUAAAAAUCUCCUAUGUCGAGCUACGAGAUGCCCCCCUCAUUCCCCUCCUUGAAGUCACCCCAACCCUCGAGAUACUGGACUUGUUCCUCGUCCAUCUCUCUGAUGCCCUCUUUCAACACCUCGGAGCGACAGCGAUUGACGUAUACAACCAAGAAGAAGACGCAUUCCUCCCACAUCUCGGCGUGAUCAAGUUAUGGGGCCCUCGAGCAUACAGUUGGACUUCCAUCUGUGACUUGUACCAGUGCUGCGACACGGACGACAGUAGUAGCGGGAUCUUCCGACGUGAAUGCAGCCUCGACAUUUCGGUAUCAAUCUUCUCUGGAUUUGACGAUGAGGCCAUUUAUAUCGACAAAGACGCAUCCGCACUCCUUCAGGCGCUCAUUGAGGACGGCAUCGACCUCUGCAUUACAGAUUCUCGUUGCAGAAGCAUUAUCAAGUUGGAGGAGCCUGAUGACUCUUCCGAGAACUGA